AUCCAUUCUGUUUUUUAACUGCCUAAACGACUUUCCCAACAAGGAAACAGAGUCCUCUGUAUUCUUUUGUUUCAUCAACCAACUAUGUUUCACUGAUCACUAUAUCCUAUCCUAUCCUUUCCCUGAAUAUUUUCUUUCCUUAGUUGUGUCAAGUCUUUCCUUUGUUCUCAACCUCAUAGACAUUAACCUGAAGAAGCAUUAGCAUUUGAAGAGUAAACUGAAUUGGCAUAUCAAACAUCAAGUUUUUUCAUUUUUCGAGAAUGAACUAUUUGUAUCCAGUGAAAGAAGAAGAAUACUUGGAACCAUCGUCAUCAACAGCAACAUUUCACAUAGGAGGUGAUGAUGAACCAUCAAUGGUUCCUCCUCCGCAGCCAAUGGAGGGGCUUCAUGAAAUAGGACCACCCCCAUUUCUCACAAAGACCUUCGAUGUAGUGGACGAUCCUAUCACUGAUCAUGUAGUUUCAUGGAGCAGAGGUGGUGCAAGCUUUGUGGUUUGGGAUCCACAUGCUUUCUCCAGGAACCUUCUUCCCAGAUACUUCAAGCACAACAAUUUCUCAAGCUUUGUUAGGCAACUUAACACAUAUGGUUUUAGAAAAAUUGAUCCAGAUAAAUGGGAGUUUGCAAAUGAAGGAUUCCUGAGAGGGCACAAGCACCGGUUAGCAAACAUAAGGAGAAGGAAGCAACCUUAUCAACCUAGUCCUUCCCAACAAGCACAAGCACAAGCACAAGCACAAGGACAAGGUCUCUGUGUUGAAGUUGGACGUUUUGGGCUGGAUGAAGAGAUUGAUCGUUUGAGGCGUGACAAGCAGGUGUUGAUGAUGGAGCUUGUGAAGCUUAGACAGCAGCAACAGAACACCAGAUGCUACCUUGUGGAAAUGGAUGAAAGGUUACGAGGGACAGAAAUUAAGCAGCAACAAAUGAUGGCUUUCUUAGCUAAAGCUAUGAAAAAUCCAGCCUUCAUUCAGCAGCUAUUCCAACUGAAAGAGAAGAGAAAGGAGCUUGAAGAAGCCAUGACUAAAAAGAGGAGAAGACCAAUUGAGCAAGGACCUGGAGGUGUUGGAGAAUCAAGCUGUGGCGGUGAAGGAAGGAACACUGUUAAAGUUGAGCCCCCAGCUUUUGGGGAAUAUGGAUUUGAAGUGUCAGAGCUGGAAGUGCUAGCUAUGGAAAUGCAAGGUUUUGGUAAGGGGAAGAGAGAACUGGAGGAAGAGCCUGAGCCACUAGAACAGCAAGAACUUGAUGAAGGGUUCUGGGAAGAACUGUUCAGUGAGAAUUUUGAGGGUGAAUUAGACAUUCCAACUUCUCAAGGUGAAGGUGAAGAUGAAGAUGAAGAUGUUAAUGUGUUGGCCUAUCGCUUAGGUUACUUGGGUUCAAGUCCUUUCAAUAUUGCUCCAGAUGAGGCAGUGGAGUCAUCCCAGUUGGCAAGACAGUAAAAUUACCAAGCAGAAUAUCUAUGGAAAUGAUUUACUUUUUGGUGUUUCUAACCCCCAUUUUAUGUCCUUUUGUAGCAAUUGGUAAAAACCUCAAUUGCUCACUUUUCUCAAUGUUUGAUUAGGUAGGUUGCAGCUGUUGCUUGGACAAGAAUCUGUGACUCAAG